AAACCCUCUGGAGCAGUAUUCUGCAGCAUCCCUGACACCUAAACGACUCUCCACGCUUCAGUUUCCUCCUGACCCGCCCCGCCCCCCCUCGCUCGGACCGGCACCAUGUCCGAGGGGCUCCUGCAGGUGGAGAUCCCAGACUUCGGCAGCAGUGUUCUGGGGAGCCUGAACGAGCAGCGGCUGCUGGGCCACUACUGCGACGUGUCCAUCCUGGUCCAGGGCCAGGCCUUCAAGGCCCACCGGGCCGUCCUGGCCGCCUCCUCGCUCUACUUCCGAGACCUGUUCAGUUCUGCGGCCGAGCCCUCCUCCUCCUCCUCCUCCUCCGCCUCGCAGGCGGUGUUUGAGCUGCCGUCCUCGGUGACCCCGGCGUGUUUCCAGCAGAUCCUGUCCUUCUGCUACACGGGCCGCCUCAGCAUGGCGGCCAGCGAGCAGCUGGUGCUCAUGUACACGGCCGGGUACCUGCAGAUCCAGAACAUCGUGGAGCGAGGCAUGGAGCUGAUGCUGAUGAAGGCCUCCUCCUCCUCCUCCUCUCCACUGUGCUGCGACUCUCAGACCAACUCGGCGGACGAGCUCGGGGGCUUCGACGCCGCAGUGGCCCAGCGCCAGCAGCAGAACGGCACCCCCCAGCUACAGGAGGUGAGUCCGGACCAGCCGGCCCUGAGCCCCGAGGAGCUGCUGCUGGCCGUCAGCAGGAUCAAGCAGGAGCGAGCCGACACGCCUCCUGCUGAGGAGAACGGAGGAGGAGGAGAGGAGGCCAGGGUGGACAUAGUCCGGGACCUGCAGUCCUCCAGGACCAGUGCUCUGUGUUACCUGACGGCAGGUGGAGGUUUGAUUCAUGGGCUGCAGUCCUACCUGUUGGCAGGAGGGGGGCGCUCCAGUCCGGGAGGAUCCAGCCUCCCCACAGACUCUCCUCCCUCUCACCCUCCCACUGAGGAGGAGAUGGAGGAGGACUACUACAGUAACGCCGUCCACCCGGGACUCUUCCAGCAGAUCUACGGGCACCCUGGAAACCCCUACAUUCAAGAGAAGCUGGAGCUGCUGCCCCUCCCCCUGGCUAACGAGCGGCGUCCCUGUGUGCUGGUUGGUCGGGACAACAUGGCGCUGCCUGCCAGUCUAAUCAGUCAGAUCGGGUAUCGCUGCCACCCGUCGCUCUACACGGAGGGAGACCCCGGGGAGAAGGUGGAGCUUGUUGCAGGUUCAGGUGUGUUCAUGACCAGAGGUCAGCUGAUGAACUGUCAUCUGUGCGCCGGAGUCAAACACAAGGUGCUGCUCAGGAGGCUGCUGGCCACGUUCUUCGACAGAAACACUCUGGCCAAUAGCUGUGGGACAGGGAUCCGCUCCUCCACCAACGAUCCCAGUCGAAAACCUCUGGACAACCGAGUGUUGAACACCGUCAAAUUGUACUGUCAGAACUUUGCUCCCAACUUUAAGGAGAGUGAGAUGAACGUGAUAGCAGCUGACAUGUGCACCAACGCCCGCAGAGUUCGCAAACGUUGGCUCCCAAAGAUUCAGUCACUCCUCCCCGACGGCCUCCCCUCCCCGGCGUCCUCCCACUCACGCAAGGGCAAGAGGGCGAUUGGAGGAGGAGCAGGAGGUGCUGGGGGCGAGCGGCCCAGCGGCAGCCCCUUUGAGUUGGACCUGCGGCAGCUCAGCGCCUCCUACCUCGGCCUGGAAGCGCCGCUGUACGCCGAGCGGCGCGACAGGGAGGAGGCGGGGGGGCGGGAGCAGGAAAAGGAGGUCCCUGCCGCCGUCCUGCCGCACCUUCAGUUUGCCGGGUCCAGUGGAGGUGGAGGAGGUGGAGGGCAGGCAGAGGAGGCGCUGCUGGGAGGUGAGGCAGAUGGGGAGGGGAGAAUACAGACUGAUCAAGCCCCGGACCUCCCCCUCUCCCUGUCCUCCUCCUCAUCCUCUUCUGCCUCCUCCUCACACCCCUCCCCUCAGCCUGCAGAGACCGCCCCUCCUCACAGGGGGUUGGCUGACACAGACAUGAGUGGGGCGGAACCUCUGGAAGACAGCCAAUGAGCUACUGAAUGCAAUUGUCUACCUGUAUGUAAAUAACACUGAAGCUACCUGUCCCCACUUGUUCCCUUUCCUACCUCACUUCCUGUUCACCUGCCUGUUCUCCUACCUCACUUCCUGUCCAGCUCAUCGCCCUCUUGACUCACUUACUGUCCAUCAUUGUCCUCCUACCCCACAUCCUGUCCACCCCACUGCCUACCUCACUUCCUGUUCACCUGCCUGUUCUCCUACCUCACUUCCUGUCCGGAUCAUCGCCCUCUUUUUUUUGAUCAAAGUCUUUUUAUUAUUUUUUUAACACAAACUACAGA